CGAAAACUCCGCCGAUAGAUUUCGUCAUCCCUUAUCUCUAUUAUCACAGCUUCACUUCAACAUUUACCAAACUCAGCAACAUAUAAUGGCACCUCAAAUAUGGCUGCCUUCAGAGCGCUCUGGAGGAGCUCCAAAAAAAGCGCUCAUUCACUAUAUCUGUGGUAACCCGGGCCUCAUUGAAUACUACACCGACUUCCUCAGCCAUGUACGCGGGCUUUUGGACAAGAUCGAAACGGACACUGCUUAUGACAUCUACGGCACAAACUUGCUCGGCUUCAGCGACGACGACCAUGAGCCUUUCAAUUCCAAAAACAAACCUUGGGAUCUGGAGGGUCAGAUUGAGGGUAUGUACGACAUCGUUGCGGCUAAAGGAAAAGGUUACGACUUUGUGAUUCUCACGGGCCAUUCUGUCGGGUCAUUCAUCACUGUUGAGAUCUUCCAUCGCCAUAUGAAGAAUCCGGAGAGAGCACCGCAUCUGAAGCUUCGACAUGGAUUCCUGAUAUGUCCAACGCUUACGCACCUCGCUCGAUCAUCUAAUGGUGUACAAUUCGAGUUAUUGCGUCGUUUCAUUCCCUUCCUCGACACUGCAGCUUGUUUACUCGCACGUCUUCUCCUUGGUCUUCUGAGUGUCGCAAGCGUGACAUGGAUCGUUCAACGUCUUCUGGGCUUUACGCCUGCGAGCGCAGACAUCACUGCACGAUGGUUGAAGAGCAGAGAUGGCGUGUUGCAGGCAGUUCAUCUGGGAUUGACGGAGCUGGAGAUGAUAACUGAGGAGAAAUGGAACGAUGAUCUAUGGGAUGCGACUGGAGAAGAGAAUGGAGUACCGAAAUUCUUCUUGUUCUAUGCCAAGAAAGAUCACUGGAUUCAUGAUGCCGAGAGGGAGGGCAUCGUGGAGAAGAGAGGAGGUAAAGCGAGGAUUGUGCAGGAUGAAGGGGAUAUUCCUCACGCUUUUUGCACGAGAGAGGACGCAAGCUUAGAAGUUGCAAGAAGAGUCUGCGGUUGGGUCGAAGAGAUCGAAGCAGCCAAGAAGUGAAACGAGGUGAAACAAACUUGGGUCAAGAAUACGGGGCCCAGUCCUUUGUUCAAGGGCCUUUUGACAAACAAUAAUAGACGUGUACAGUGAGCAUUGGCCCAUAACUGAACAUCACGAAGCUGACCCCAAAGACUAGACAAGUUUGCCACGAACUUAUGCAUAAUAGAAAUGAUUUCCAUUGGAUCUCGAUCGAAACUAUAUUAUCAACCACAUAAUGAAUGGUUGGCCUUGUCUAUUUACGGCGUGACAUCGCUUGCUGCACUCCCCGCAUGAGGCCGCGUAAGGUUUUCGGGCCCCGGUGCUACCAGAAACGGCGACAGACGUCGACCACUUUUACUUGGAGAUGACUCGUCAUGUUUUUGCUUGGGCUACUUCUAGAAGUUUGUUGAUUCAUGACUUUCGAUUACAGUUUUGAAUUCACGAUCAAUCAGGGCAGAGAAAUGAGACAAGUGUCACUGGUAUAUUUGCUAUAUUCUGGUGGUUCAAGACCAUUAAUUAUUAACCCGUGAUAUCAAUCACAAAUCCGAAUCCAAUUCCCAUGUACACAUAUCCCAUUCCUCCUCAUCACUUUCCUUUCAACUCGUAACAAUGCCUCUCAUCUCAAUGUGCAGACUGAGUAGUCUUUUCACAAUGAGGAAAAUUGGCGUCUCAUAAUUGACUCCAUUUACAGAGCAAGGGCCAUGAGGGCAGCCAUGGCCAUGGCGCCGAGACCCUUGAGGCCAGCAGCGCUGUUCUCGCCGACGCCUGAGGGAGCGGGAGUGCUGGUGGCACUGCCGGCAGCCUCGGACUUGGUGGUGGGAGUCUCGAUGACGGGGGGAACAGCGGUGGUCUUGCUCUCAACGACAGGAGGGACAGUGGUGGUCUCGACGGCGGUGGUCUCAACAGCAGUGGUCUCGACGGCAACGGCGCUGGUGGUGACGACAACCUUGGUGGAGGUCUCGGCCUUGGUGGUGUCAGCCUUGGAGGACCCCUCGGAGCCGCUGCCGGCCUCGGGGUUGUCGCAGAGCUUCUCAGUAGCGGGGAGAACCUCGUCUGAGAUGAGUCAGUAUAUGAAUGUCUUAUCAGGUAUUGGUGAUUUGAAACUUACUGAUGGCAACGUCGGAACCACACUUGGUGAUCACACAAGAGGUAGCGGCGCUUCGGACAUCGUCGAAGUUCUUGCAGACGCAGGUGAGAUCGGUCUUGUCACACUUGGUCUUGCUGGCGAUGGCAUCGUCAAGGCAAGGAAUAGCGCACUUGGGAACGUCGCCGAGGGACUGAGCCGAGACGGCGGCGGCGAGGGCAGCAAUAGCGAAAGAGUACUUCAUUUUGAAGGUUGUUCUUGGUUGUCUUUAAGUUGAUAAACUUGUUGAUAUGCGAGAAGACACAACGAGUGUAGAGAGGCAAGGCUGAAGCUGAUGCUGAAUUGGUCCAAUGGAAGCGAGUGGAUGAGGAGGAAAAGAAAGAAGGAAGCUUGAGAGAUGGAUGAGAAGAGGCUUUAUGUAUCUGAAGAUUGGAAAGGGAAUCAACAAGUCAACUCGACUUGGUUAGAGCGUCACGGUGCCGUUGCCCGUUAACCAUUACAGGAAAGACCAGCCUCUUUUCCUGCAGACUUGCAGGUCAACUUCUUGUUCUUGAUUCUGAUCCUCGUCCUUUCUGGAGUCUAGUGUGAGUGGACUCGGGGGGGUCGGGAUACGCUGCGACGAGCCGGAAGCUGAAGUGGACGAAUGGGAGGUUCAAAGAAGGACAGGGAACUCUUACCAGGGAGGGGGUGCUAGCCACGGGGGUUUCUAUUCUCGCUGUGGUAACUAACUGAGGGCGUGUAAGAGCUUUUGUUAUGCCGUUGUGAGAGCGGGGCGGGCUUCCGGAUUCGAUACACACGGCCGAAUAGAUCGACGAGGGGUGAUGCCAAAGUCCGGGGGCGAGAUGCGGAGAUGGGUAUAGCGCUAGGGCAUGUGAAGUUCUCGGUUCUCUCUCAGACUCUUGAGAAUGAACUUUUCGGAGAUUGAGCUCGAAAAAGAACAUGGACGAACUGUCUAGUUCAUCAAAGCAGAAAAAAAGCUGGAGAUUUCGAUCCACCCCCGGAUAUUGGACAAUGCUCCCCUUUUUUUCAUUGAGAUUUAUUAUUACGAUCUCCGGGGUAAAAAAGCUUCAAUACCUGGCAUUGGAGAAGAGAAAAUAUGUACUGUAACAGUUGCAGUGAGUUGACGCCAUUAGGAGAAUCCUUCAACGGGGACUUUGGACUUGGACUUGGCCAAGUCACAUGCUGGACUACAAGGGUAUCCGAGGGCCGAUUGAUGGGGGAGCUUGGAACUAGGCCCGACUUGAGCGGCAAAGCCGAAGAGAAAGAGGAGGAACUAAAUAAAAAGAGGGAAAAGAGAGGCGAAGAAAACAGGUUUGAUGGUGAGGCAACCAUCAUUCAUUGCAAGGCAGGCAAAAAACUUGGGGAUGGGACGCCAAUGAUGCAGGAACAAAAGAUGCUAAUGGGUUGACAGUUGUGACUAGAGUUGAGUUGAUGGUAGGUC